AUGUGUAUUCCCGAACCGCCAAGCCAGGUCAUCGCGAAGACGGGCACAGUAAAGGCAGAGCCGCACAUGGAUGCUAAGCUGAAGACCAAGAAGUCCAAAGGAAGUAGGUUCAUCGUCUCCGAAAUGACGAUGAAUGGCUGGUUGAAGCUUGAGAACGAGCCGGGCUGGUUGGCAGCUCACCUCCGUGGUGUACAGGACAUUGGAGAGGUUGCAGCACCGCUCGAGACCGACCCCAUGCUGGAGCUGGCAGUACCCGUCUACCAGCCGCAGGGCAUGGUUUGCCUCGAAGUCGUCUUCAAGACCGGUGUUCCCGUAAGGGAGACGCCGAGCCGAAAGGCGAAGACGGUGGCAACGCUCAAGUGUGGAGAAUAUGUCUUCGCGCACACUCAGAACUUUGACGGCUGGCUGAAGCUCUCGGGCAAGCCAGAAGGAUGGGUCCUAGCCAACGACUCGGACUGGGGCGAGCUGCUUCGGCGCCGGCGACGCAUGAACGACGUUGACUUGUGGGCCAUGUGUGAUGCCUGGGCUGCUGCAAGAGCGCGGCCUGGAACUGGACGUUCUAUGGGUCUGAGCGGCAAGGAGGUCGAGGCCCUCAAAGAGCUCGAAGAGCGCACGGUCAUGGAGGCCAAGGCCCUGUGGCAAGAGCACCGCAGCAACAAGGAGUACCUGGUGUCGGAGGGAUACCUGGCCGGAGAGGACCUUCUGAAGACGGAGACCUGGAUGCGUCAGCGGGUCUUCGCCCAUGUCCUCGAGAAGAAGUCCAAGACGGGUGAGGGCUGGCUUCGGGAGCUGAUCUCGGGCUUCAAGCUGUCCUCGAGGGUGCCCCCGCUGCCAGGCAUCCAGGGGGAGCAGGAGGAAGACGACUACUAUGCCGAGCAGCAGGCCCAAGCACAGAGCUUCUCCCAGGGGCUUCGAAAAGGCUUCACGAAUGCCAAUGGCGAAGCAAUGGGUGGAGCAAUGGGUGGCGCAAUGGGCGGCGCAAUGGGCGGCGCAAUGGGUGGACAGCAAGGCCACGGCGCCUUCGAUCCGGCCUUCGAAGGGACCAAGCCCUUCGAGUACAAAGGCAAGGUCUAUACCAUGGCUCCAAACGGUGUGCUCUUUGAUCCGCCGAACCAGGUUCCCAUGGGCAUCUGGAACCCCGACACUCAGCGCCUUGACCCUGCUGCCGGCAUGAUGCCUGGCUGCCCAUAUCCAGCCAUCUCCUACCUGGGUCGGACCUACAUUUUGCUCCCGGACCAGCGAUUGUUGGACCCAGAGACCGAGGAGAUCGUGGGCACAUUCAAUCGCGACACGAACGAGAUGGACCUGCAGAACCCUACGCUGCUCCAAGAGGUUGGCUCGAGGAAGGAGACGGGCGCAGACCCCGCUUUCGCGAACGAUGGAGAGCCUGUAGACAUGCACGAGUACAUCGAGCGCGGCAAUCAGAUGGUGAAGGCAGGGAGAUUCAAAGCAGCUGCGGGCCUCUUCUCAGAGGCACUCAAGGCCUGCUCUCAGCAGCGUGCCGUGGAUCUCGACCUGGAGGUGGACAUCAUCAAGUCGCGAGCGAAGUGCUGGAAAGCCCUUGGCUGCUUCUCUGAGCUCAAGGAGGAUGCCUCCAAAGUCUUGAAGUUGACUGGGAACCGCGACAGCGAUGCUUUGCAGUGGCACAGGGCGGCAGACGAGGGCCUCCAGCACAAGAGCCGCAAUCGGGACCGGGAAGUGCUGCAGCCGCGGGAGGCGCCGCCCAUGACCGGCAACGCGAACGGCUACGGAGGCUUUGGCGCGAAGUGCUCUCAAUGCAAUGGUCUCGCUUCGAAGUGUGCUCAGUGUGGAGCAGGGCCCGGGAGCCAAGAGCUAUGA